CGAACGCCCAAAUGUGGAAUCUCCAGGGUUUACAACAUUUAUCCCAUUCCUCCCACAUGAUAGUGCCCCACUGUUUAUUUUUACACAAAAGCACCUUCGCUCUUUACCUUUUAUUUAAAAAAAAACCUCGCCCUAAUACCUUUAUUAACAUUUUUUUCGCGAAACGCGAAAGAAUAAAAUUUCUUAAACGUUGCACAAAUUUUGUGGCUAGCUGAGCCACAAUCGUAUUUAAAAAAAGGAUGAUAAUCUACAGGUUAAGUGUGCCAUUACUUCAACUUAUAAAUUAACUCUUGAAGUCUAUGAACAUUAAUGUCAACCAUCCUUCUUAAUCAUUAUAAACCAAUCUUAAUUUAGAGUAAAUAAAUGUUGUUGAUUUAACAUCUAAUAAAUAAGCGAUCGUUUUCUUUAGAGAAUUCAUAAAAAUACCUGACGCAAACUCUUUUAGAGA